AAGAUGCAAGAAGAGAGGCUCAAGUGGUCUGUGAAGUGAGUACUUGGUUGUGUGGGCAAGUCUGUGAGGUCAGAGUGUGGUUGUCUGGGGAAGUCAUUGAGGUCAUAGUGUGGUUGUGUGGGCAAGUCAUUGAGGUCAGAGUGUGGUUUUGUGGGAAAUUCAUUGAGGUCAGAGUGUGGUUGUGUGGGCAAGCCUGGAAGAAUUGUUUGAUUUUGAUGAUGUAUAAAGUGCUCUGGUAUGGAAUGGUCAUCAAAUCAGUGGCACUACAACCCAUGUAAUGGAAGGGUCAUCAAAUCAGUGGCACUACAACCCAUGUAAUGGAAGGGUCAUCAAAUCAGUGGCACUGCAACCCAUGUAAUGGAAGGGUCAUCAAAUCAGUGGCACUACAACCCAUGUAAUGGAAGGGUCAUCAAAUCAGUGGCACUACAACCCAUGUAAUGGAAGGGUCAUCAAAUCAGUGGCACUACAACCCAUGUAAUGGAAUGGUCAUCAAAUCAGUGAUACUACAACCCAUGUAAUGGAAGGGUUAUCAAAUCAGUGGUACUGCAACCCAUGUAAUGGAAGGGUCAUCAAAUCAGUGGUACUGCAACCCAUGUAAUGGAAUGGUCAUCAAAUCAGUGGUACUACAACCCAAUGUAAUGGAAGUGUCAUCAAAUCAGUGGCACUACAACCCAUGUAAUGGAAUGGUCAUCAAAUCAGUGAUACUACAACCCAUGUAAUGGAAGGGUUAUCAAAUCAGUGGUACUGCAACCCAUGUAAUGGAAGGGUCAUCAAAUCAGUGGUACUGCAACCCAUGUAAUGGAAUGGUCAUCAAAUCAGUGGUACUACAACCCAAUGUAAUGGAAGUGUCAUCAAAUCAGUGGCACUACAACCCAUGUAAUGGAAUGGUCAUCAAAUCAGUGAUACUACAACCCAUGUAAUGGAAGGGUUAUCAAAUCAGUGGUACUGCAACCCAUGUAAUGGAAGGGUCAUCAAAUCAGUGGUACUGCAACCCAUGUAAUGGAAGGGUCAUCAAAUCAGUGGUACCACAACCCAAUGUAAUGGAAGGGUCGUCAAAUCAGUGGCACUACAACCCAUGUAAUGGAAGGGUCAUCAAAUCAGUGGCACUACAACCCAUGUAAUGGAAUGGUCAUCAAAUCAGUGGUACUACAACCCAAUGUAAUGGAAGUGUCAUCAAAUCAGUGGCACUACAACCCAUGUAAUGGAAGGGUCAUCAAAUCAGUGGCACUACAACCCAUGAAAUCGAAGGGUCAUCAAAUCAGUGGCACUACAACCCAUGUUAAGAAAGGCUGCAUGAUAUCUUUGAAUGUAAUAUGAAUGUUGUGUCAAUGGCUGAUUUGAAUGUUAUGUUGAUCUGAUAGUUGAAAUGAAAGUCAAUUAUAAUGUCCUUAUUUCAGGACACUCCCAGGUCCCUUGGAAUAUUUUGCCUUCACUCUGAGUUUUCAGGGUAUUUUGGCCGGACCUUUCUGCCAUUACAAUGUAUUCCAAGCUUUCAUAGAGGGCAACACUAGAGAGAGAUUGGAGGUAAAACAUAGAUUACUUGAUGAUGUGCCACUAGAUGUAGUGUAACAGUAAAUAAAGAGGAAGUUGAACUGGUUUGUUUAAAAAAAUUAGAAAUAACAAUUUUAAUUCCAAAGUUGUUUAAAGAUAUGUGUUCAUUGAUCAUUAGUUGUUUAAAGAUCUGUAUUCAUAGAUCAUUAGUUGUUUAAAGAUUUGUAUUCAUAAAUCAUUAGUUGUUUAAAGAUCUGUAUUCAUAGAUCAUUAGUUGUUUAAAGAUCUGUGUUCAUAGAUCAUUAGUUGUUUAAAGAUCUGUAUUCAUAGAUCAUUAGUUGUUUAAAGAUCUGUAUUCAUAGAUCAUUCAUUGUUUUUCCCCCUAUUAUUUCAUUUGGAACAAACAUCCGUUCUAGCAAAGUUCUGCUCUAACAAUAAUUCCUUCAAAAUAUUUCUUUCAUGCUAAUUUCCGGGUACCUAUUUUCUAAGCUAUUAAAAUAAAUAAAUUUUCACCACACAUUUCUGCCAUACAUUUUUAUAAAAGCCUAACAAUUGUAUAUUACAAAAAUUCUAGAUGCUUAAUAGUUCAUGAGGAAGUGGUAUUUCAUUUUAUUUUUUAAAGUUAUCUUUUUGAAUGGAAAAGUCUUGACUAGAUAAUCUAAUAAAAGAAUAUUCUUGACUAGAUAAUUUAAUAAAAGAAUAUGCUUGACUAGAUAAUCUAAUAAAAGAAUGCUCUUUACUAGAUAAUCUAAUAAAAGAAUAUUCUUGACAAGAUAAUUUAAUAAAAGAAUAAGCAAGACGAGAUAAUCUGAUAAAAGAAACUGACAUUUCCCUAUAAAGCCCUUAUAACAUUUAAUAAUAAUUAUUUCCCUUUGCCUAUGUGUCUUGAUCAGAAGUCAGUAAUAGCCAUUCAGAAUAAGUUAUUAGUAGUCUAAAAGUAAAAGUAAUUAGUAGUCUAAAAACUUGGAGGCAUGAUAACUAUCUAUUUUUGGUUUUGUCUUAUUAGGCAAGCAAACUUGCAGUGGAGUACAAAGAUGACCCUUCAACUGUCAUGGUAAGAAACUGACCAGUGUAAACUCCAAAUUUUUCAUAUAUAUGCAAAGUAUGAUGCUCUAUAUUGUUUAGUCACUCUAUCAAUUAAUAUAAUAUAUUGAUUCUUAUAUUAUUUAGUAACAGUAUAAAUCUAUAUAAUCUAUAUAAUAUAUUGGCUCAUAUAGCAUUUAGUGACUCUAUCAAUCAAUAUAAUAUAUUGGUUCAUAUAUCUUUUAGUAAAGGUAUAAAUCUAUGUAUAAUAUAUUGGUUCAUAUAUCAUUUAGUAAUGGUAUAAAUUUAUAUAAUAUAUUGAUUCACAUAUCAUUUAGUAACUCUAGCAAUCAAUACAAUAUAUUGGUUAUUAGCUUUGUAGAGAAUGAUAUUAUAAAUUAUUCAUUUAUUCUAUCAAUCAAUAGAAACAUGUGUUCAAAUAUUAAUUAUCUCAUAUUUCUCACCAUCGCCAUGCUGUUAUUUAUUUCAGAGAGCAGUGCUGACUAAAAUAUCGGCCGUCUUGUUGUGGAUCUUCAUCACGGCCGCUGUGAAACCUCAUUUCCCUGACAGCAAAAAUGUUGGUGAGGAAAGCUUAGUGGUUUCUGGCAAUUCAUUUUUAAAUUGACAAAAAUAUGUUUGAAAUAUUUCAUGAGGAGGCCCCUUUUCAGCUACACUUAUAACUGUGUGUGCGUGGAGGGUAACGGGAGAUAAGUCUAAGGAGGAUUUGAAAUUCUAUUUGAAAUAAAUAUUUUUAAAGCUUUAAUUAUAAAUAUUAAUAUUUUCUGAAAACAGGAUUAUGUGUUUUUUAAGGUGUUUUAAAAAUAAAACAAUUUUUGAAAAACCUCCCUCAUUUCUAUAAUUUUUUAUUUUGCUAUUAAUAUUUAUUUUAUUUUGUUUUUGGUUAAAUUAAAGAUGUUUUUUUUUUUUCUGUGAAAAAAAUUUGUCAAAGAGACAAAAGUGACUUCAAUUUCUUGGCUUUGAUAACAUUGUACUCAUCAAUUGUUGCCAUCUUUUUUUCUCACCCUCAGAUCCUGAGUUCAUAGCCAAUAACAAUGUUUUUACCAGACUCGGCUAUCUCUAUAUAUCCCUGUUCUUCCAUAGAGCUAAAUACUAUGUGUCCUGGAUUCUAGGUAUGUUCAUAGAGCCAAAGUAAGAUUUUACAUAUUGUUGGUAAGUUUUAUUUUCUUACAACCUUUCCUUUCAGCUGAAAACAUCCUGGUCAUGCUACUCUGUUACAACCUUUCCUUUCAGCUGAAAACAUACCGGUCAUGAUACUAUGUUACAACUUUUCCUUUCAGCUGAUGCAGUUUACAAUUCCUCAGGCCUGGGCUACACUGGUAAAGAUGAGCAUGGCAAGCCAAUGUGGACAGGGAUGUCCAAUGUCUUUGUCUGGAAAAUUGAGGUGAUUUAUCAUUGA